GCAUAAGCUGAUUGAAGCUCCGUCACAAGAUGCCGAACUCGCUUCUAGCCUCCAGUCUCCGUAACCGGCGGCGCAGAUCCAAAUCCAAAAGACAAAAGCUCAUUCAGAAUCAACCUCCGUCUCAAGAGACGGCACUAACAGAGGAGGAAGAGGAAGAAGAAGAAGAUGAAGGAAACGGGUUCAAGCUCAAAACUUCAGCAAAGCACGGAGUCCAACCUCUCGGAAACCUCUACUUCGUCAACAAGGGCGCCGUCAACGUGCGAAACACUGGUCUAGGCAACCUCCAGGUCCUCACCGACGAGCUCGUUCUAGAAAUCCUAGCUCUCCUCGACGCGGCUCAUCUCGGCGUUUUAUCCACCGUCACCAAAUCCUUCUACGUAUUCGCUAACCACGAGCCUCUCUGGAGAAACCUCGUCUUGGAAGAGCUAAAAGGAGACUUUUUGUUCGCCGGGUCGUGGAAAGCCACCUACGUAGCGUCUCGUUAUCCAAAGUCGCAGCCUUUUGGAGGAGAUGGCGAAUCGGUUUUGAAGAUUAGAGAUUUCUAUUCUGAUUACCUCUUCCAGAGCUGGCUAUGCGCGAAUCUCGAGAUGAAGCGGGAGUGGCUUGAACGGGAUAACAUCUCCCGUGUGAGAGGCCUUUCCGUUGAGGAGUUUAUUACUAACUUCGAGGAGCCGAAUAAGCCUGUUCUGUUGGAAGGGUGUUUGGACGACUGGGGUGCGGUUAAGAAAUGGACUAAAGAGUAUCUGAGUGACGUGGCUGGUGACGUGGAGUUCGCUGUUGGUCCGGUUGAGAUGAAGCUCGAGAACUAUUUUAAGUACUCUGACGGAGUUAGCGAGGAGAGGCCGUUGUACUUGUUUGAUCCCAAGUUUGCUGAGAAAGUUCCCGUUUUGGACUCGGAGUAUGAGGCUCCUGUCUAUUUUAGGGAAGAUUUGUUUAGUGUUUUGGGAAACGAGCGGCCUGAUUAUAGAUGGAUUAUAAUCGGACCGUCCGGGUCUGGUUCUUCUUUCCAUAUUGAUCCUAACUCGACCUCUGCUUGGAACGCGGUGAUCACGGGUUCGAAGAAGUGGGUUUUGUUCCCGCCGGAUGUGGUUCCUCCGGGUGUGCAUCCGAGUCCUGAUGGAGCGGAAGUGGCUUGUCCCGUUUCGAUAAUGGAGUGGUUUAUGAACUUUUAUGGUGAUACUAGGAGUUGGAAUAAGAGGCCUGUUGAGUGUGUGUGCAAAGCUGGGGAGGUGGUGUUUGUACCUAAUGGAUGGUGGCAUCUGGUGAUUAACUUGGAGGAAUCUAUUGCUAUUACUCAGAACUAUGUUAGCAGGAGGAAUCUACUGAACGUAUUGGAGUUCUUGAAGAAACCAAAUGCUAAAGAGCUCGUCUCCGGAACAAACGACAGAGAGAACUUGCAUGACAAAUUCAAGAAGGCCAUUGAAGAAGCCUACCCUGGAACCAUCCAAGAGCUAGAGAAGAAAGCAGAAGAAAAGAGAAUAGCCGAAGAACAAAAAGUCACAUUCUGGGACGCUGCAACAGAUUCCAAAUCUGGUGCCUUCAAGUUUUCUUUCUAAACACAAACAUCAGCUCCAAAUUUUUUAUUGUAACAACAAUCAAUAUAUGUGCUCUACUCUGUUUCAUUAAAGUCAGAACUUUGAAUACAAAUAAAGUUUAAUCCUUUAU